GGCUGCAGUUUUAGUGUCAGGACACCCCCGGGAGCUGUGUGUGCCCAAAAUCCUCCAGAUCAAGGGGAACUUCCUGCAUGGUUUGGAUUUUGCUCCUGUUGCCCUAAUUGCUCAUGAUUGUCCAUCACCAAGGACGUGUCCUGAAUACUCCCGAGUUCCUGCAUGUUCCUUGCCAGGAUUUUCUCCAGAAAAGCUCCCCAGAACUGACAGCCCCAAGCAGGGGGAUCCAGACCAACCCCACCCUGCCUUUUGUCCUCUCAGCCUCACAGGAACAGAUGGCCAAAUUAAGAAAGGGGAAAAAAAAAAUUAGAACAAAACCAAAUAAAAUUCCAGGCCUCCAGCUCCAACUGGAACUUUGCUCAUCCUGGAAUUCAGAUUUGAUGGCAUUUAUGUUUUUCAUCCUGUUAAGCAAUGAGAAAUUAAACAUUGAUUAAUUACCUAUAUUCUUUAAAGACAAAAUUGUUUGUAUCCCUCUUGGGAUGAGUUAGAGGGGCCCAAGGCUUACCUGACCUAUUGAAAUAUUUUCUGCAGGAGCUUUCAGGCCCUUGUUUUACUGGAAUGAACACCUCUGGCCCCAAUCCUGCACAGGGAGAAAGCUCUGGGCUGCCCUGCAGUAUGGGAAGGUGAUCGCUGAAAUACUGGGAAUUGAGGUGGUGUGCAGGGAUUCUUCUUGUUGAGAUUUUUACACGUUUACGUGGUAAAUCACUAAGAGAAAGCAACUCUGGAAGGAAGGGUUGAAACCAAACUAUCACCUCCAAACUCACAUCUGAGUGUCCCAUGGGGACUCCCCCAGGGCCCUGUGAUAAAAGACAGAAAUUGCUGCAAAAGUCACCAACAAAUGCAGGGUUUGUUUAAGCUGGAAACAGGGACAUGGGAGCAGAGGGGCAGGCAGAGGGAUGUCCCCUGUGCCCAAGGCUGGGCAGGAGCUCAGGGGAUGCCCAGGGCUGGGAACUCCUCUCACCCUGGUCAGGCCGUGCCCGGGGGUGUCUCUGCUGCUCCUCUCCCAGAACAUCAGGGCUGGCCCCAAACUGGGCACAUUUGAAAGGAAAAGGAGCCCUGGGGAUGCUCUGGGCUGGCUGUGAAGGGCUUCAAGCUGAACACAGAUUUCCCAGAGCAGCUGAAGGGCUCAGUGCAUGGCCACAAGCAGCUCAGCUCCAACCACAGCUGAGAAACGGCUCCAAAACGCCCCAAAGAAUAAGAAUUAAACCCUUCUGGGAUUAAUAUUUUGGCAAAGACCCAGGCAGGAUUAUUUUUCCCUGGGAACUGCGUUCAGCUCUGAGUCCCCACAGCAAUAACAGAGCAGCAGCCCUGAGUCAGAGCCUGGCUGCUGGGCUGGGACAGUUAAUUAGGCUGGUUAAUUAGGCUGGGCUCAGGCAGGACAAUGCCUGCUCCAUCAGCACCGGGACACGCAGCCCUGCCCCGUGCCCAGGACACAUCCCACUGACCUGCCCUGGCAACACCUUCCCUAAUUACCUGCACGGGCAUUCCAGCACCAGCUCCUGCCUAUAAAUGCCUCCCCUGGCCAUGGGCAGCAGGGACACUGCCGGGAGCUGAGGUGGCUCUGGGACAGCCAUGAAGGUCACCCUGGUGCUCCUGGUGCUGGCAGCCCUGUGCCUGGCAUUUUCCACUGCAGAUGCUGCCAGACAGAAUGAGGUGGACUGCAGCGAGUACAGGAGGCUGGAGCAGGGGAGGCCCAUUUACUGUGAGAGGCUCUACCAACCCUUCUGCGGCUCCGAUGGCAAAACCUACAACAACAAAUGCUCCUUCUGCAAGGCUGUGCUGAGGAGCAGAGGAGCCCUGCACAUGAAGCAGGCAGGAGCGUGCUGAGGACAACUCCGAGCUGCCCAUCCCUGCCCAGCCCGGGAGAAGUGCCAGCUCUGCUCUCCCUGCUCCAGAGCUGGGACUGACACUGCCAUCCUCGCAGCAAAACCUUCCUGCUGGCUCACACAGCCCUUCCUCAGCUGUUCAAAUCCUCUGACAACGCCCCAGGUCUCUCCCCCUCGCUGAUCAAAUGUUUUCUUUCCUUUACCCCGAAACUUCAGCAGGUAUUUUUCCCCAAAUGUUUGCAGCUUUCCCAGGUAACUGCUUUGACUCUCCCAGUUUUGUAGCUGAAUUUUAAGUGCUUAUUUUUUAUCCUCUCUGUACAAUUCUGGUUUCUGUAUGUUGUUCAGCUACUUGGCGUGCUUGUUUAUUAAAAUAAACCUUCACUCUU